AUGCUUGAGAACUUGGAUGGGUUUAUUUUCAGACGAAGUGCCGGGCAGGGGCCGAAGGUCCGGAGGAUCCUUGAAGAGGGGAAGGAGCUGAGUGCUGUUCGAGGGAACACGGAUGGGAUCUUUAGCUUUAGGUUUGUCCGGGGUGGCAAGAGGAAGGACGGCGAGGAUCAGGGACCCUCUGCCAAGAAAGCGAAGGAGGAGAGUGGUGGAUGCAUACAAGAUGGAUGUGAGGGCAUUGCGGAGAAUGGGAUGGAGCUGAGUAUAGGUGGAGGAGAGGACUUCAGCGGUAGCAUUCUUAUUAAGGAGGCGCCUAAGAAAAAGACAAGUGCUUCUGACCUGCAUGGAAGGCUCGGAGAGGACAGCACGCUAAAGGACUUGGUUGUUCUAUGUGUGGAACAUGUGCUGCAGAAGAAGAGGAUAGAAUAUGGAGUGAGCUUGGAAAGAAGGCUCCAGGAGAGCGAGUCCUUUAUUGGAAAGAAGGACGUUGAGAAGGAGAUUGAGAAGGUGGACCAGAAGAUUGUGUGGGCCGAGCGCGAAGGAGAAAAAUGGAAUCGUUUGAAGGACGAUGUGGUGAGCUCUAGUCACAUUGAGAUUCGCGAGCCCAAAAGGACGGGGCGAGACUUUGGAUAUGCAGAGAAGAUGGAGGAGAUUGACCGGGAGUUUGCCGGAAGGAUCAGGAGGCUUGAGUUUCUGAAGGAGUCUGCCAGGAUCCGGAUUUCCCAUAUAAAGGAGCAAAGUGAAGAUCUUCUUGGAAAGAUCUUCAAGAUUGUCUGUAAGGAAAAGAAGAUGGACACGUUUUUCCUGCUCAAGACCCUGUCAAAGACAAGCAAGUGA